AUGGCACAAUCCGAUGAUAAUAUUCAACUAGAAGGAGCCUCUACUUCCAAGCCUACUACGGCUAUUGACCACCCCCCUGCCAACUUCCUCCAGCCCUUUGACCCGGAGAAUCCGCUCGACUGGCCGCUGAGCCGCAAAUGGCUGGUGACGGACAUUAUCUCGGCCACGGGCUUGAAUCGGAUCAUGGUCUCGACGAUCCUGGCGCCUGCCCUGCCGGCGAUCGCCAAGGAGAUGGCCAUGUCGUCUACGGAGGAGAUGAUGGCGCUCUCUAUCUACCUCCUCGCGACUGCCUUCGGACCCUUGGUGAUUGGGCCCCUUUCAGAAGUCUACGGCCGGCAGCUCAUCCUGCAUGCCUCCAGUGUCUGGUUCCUGGUGUGGAACAUCGUAUGCGGCUGUGCAGAGACCAAGGGAACCCUGUUGGCUGCCCGCUUCCUGGCUGGAUUUGGCGCCAGUGCGGUCUAUUCGCUGGCUGGGGGCGUCCUGAAUGAUAUCUGGCGACCGGAACAACGAGGGAAGUCUUUGGGGGUGUAUCUACUCAUUCCAUUGUUAGGAGCGGCUAUAGGCCCCAUUCUUGGAGGCGUUAUAGUCGCCAAUACCACUUGGCGAUGGAUCUUCUGGUCGACCUCGAUCUUCCAGGCAUUGAUGAUGGGUGUCUCGGUGUUCAGCUUCCAGGAGACGUACGCACCGGAGAUUCUACGCCGGCGAGCACGACGAUUGAAUAUCCCCCUGGAGAAGAGGUCCAUGAUGAAUUUCACCAAAGCCCUCACUCGCCCCGUCCGCUUCCUCCUGUUCCACCCGAUCAUCCAAGUCUCGGUCUUGCUGUCCGCCUUUGACUAUGGCAUCCUCUACAUCACCCUCUCCACCUUCUCUAGCCUGUGGACGUCGGUGUACCACCAGUCCGUCCAGAUCAGUGGAUUGCACUAUAUUGCUUGCUCUCUGGGAGAAGUGAUCGGAUCUCAGGUCGGCGGCUUCCUGAUGGACCGUCUGUAUAUGAGGCCUCGUCGCCAUACCCGCCCUGAAGCCAGACUGCCGCUCGAGGGGUUUUCAAUGGCCAUCGCUGCUCUCGGUCUGGUAUUCUAUGGCUGGGCUGCUCACUAUAAACUCUACUGGGUGGUCGUCGAUGUCGCCGUCACCAUCAUGAUGGUCGGCUUGCAGAUGUUUGGGAUGCCAGUGUCUGGGUAUAUUAUCGAUUCAUACGGCGAGCAUACCAGCAGCGCAAUGGCGUCUCUUCAGUUCGGCAGGAGUCUGUCGGCCUUUCUACUGCCUCUAUUCGCACCGAAGAUGUAUCAAGUCUUGGGGUAUGGAUGGGCAAACAGUGUGCUUGCAUCUGCCGGUCUUCUCAUGCUUGGUCUUGUAUGGGUUCUUUGGAGAUAUGGACCGCAGUGGAGAGAGAAGCUGGUGGUAUAA